AUGACCUGGACCACCCCAUGUAAUGUGGAGCUUGAGGUGGACUUUAGCGAGGAAGACGAUCCCGUCGAGGUGGAAGCAGAAGAACCUAGCUCGCAAAGCGAGACGGAGAGCGCUGUCAGCAUGGCGAACGCCGUCGGCACGCCUCCGGAGUUGCUCUCUGCGACGAUGCGCGAGGUGAAAGGACCCUCGCACAACCGAGGAGGACAUGAGCUCGAGGGAUAUGCUGCUGUGACGCCAAGACGCAGCAGCCGCGGGCUACAGUCCUCUACUCAGGUUGCUAUGAUGGUUCUCUACAGCCCAGAGGCUAUGAGCUCGCUGGGAGGCCUGGAGAGCCAGCAGAUGGAGACAACGAUCGCCGAAGCGUUCGUGCAGACGAAUCAAGCCAUGCACAACUCGGACAUUCCCUUGGAGAUCGUCCUCGUUCACGUCGCCCAGCUCCCUUACUCCCAGGAGAGCGCUGCGUUAGACAUCCUUACCGGCUUAACGAGAAGUGAGGAGGUGGAGAGCCUACGAGAUGCGCAUUCUGCCGAUUUGGUGCAGCUGAUAGGCGAUUUUACGGGGUCCUGCGGUGCUGGGUGA